ACGUGCGGUAAAGUUUCCCCCCGUAGCAUUUCAACAGCUUGCUGGCAUAAAACGCAUUGUUUUUGAGCUUCGCAUCAUUAAUAGAAAAUGCCUUGUGGUAAAAAUUUUAGAAGGAGAAGGGACUCAUCUGAUGAGGAAGAGGAGGAUAAUGAGACAGCAGAAGAAGUCAGGUCAAAAUUAGAGGAGGCAAAAGAACUUCAGAGUUUGAGGAAACGGCAGACCGGAGUCAGUAUAACCGCCCUAUUGGUUGGAGAGAAACUUCCGCCAGAAGCUGAAAUAGAUAAUGAUCCAUUCAAACUGAAGACUGGGGGGGUUGUGGACAUGAAGAAAGUGAAAGACAGGAACAGAGACAUGACAGAAGAUGAGACAGACCUGAACCUGGGCACAUCUUUCUCAGCUGAGACUAACAGAAGAGAUGAGGAUGCAGACAUGAUGAAAUAUAUCGAGACUGAGUUAAAAAAGAAGAAGGGCUUGGUGGAGGCUGAGGAACAGAAAGUCAAGGUGAAAAAUGCAGAAGACCACCUCUAUGAGCUGCCUGAGAGCAUCAAUGUCAACUCAGCCAAGAAGACCGAAGAGAUGUUAUCUAACCAGAUGUUGAGUGGAAUCCCUGAAGUUGACCUAGGCAUCGAUGCAAAGAUCAAAAACAUAAUUCAGACAGAAGAAGCAAAAGCCAAACUGUUGGCAGAACAAAGAAACAAAAAGAAAGACCAAGGCACAUCAUUCGUUCCAACAAACAUUGCUGUGAAUUAUGUCCAACACAACCGAUUUUAUCAUGAGGAUGUUAACGCACCGCAGAGGCAUCACAGACACAAAGAAGAACCUAAAGCAAGACCCCUUCGGGUUGGAGAUACAGAGAAACCUGGACCAGAAGUUCCGUCACCACCCAACCACCGCAAACGUCCAAACAAUGAAAAAGCCACAGAUGACUACCACUAUGAGAAGUUCAAGAAGAUGAACCGACGAUAUUAGCAUGGAAAUAACCGACAUGGCGUCAUCUUUCUCCACACUGAGUCAUAACCUAGUUACCUAAAGAGUAAUGACAGCAGCUCUCCCAUUGCCAGUGUUGUACCCCUUAACUAUUGUAAAAAAAAAAACAAACAAAAAAACAUGUAUUCUGCCAUGCAUGUGUUAUUCUAUUGGUAAGAUUAGGCUUCCUACAAAUUAUAACUUUGACCAACAACCUUCAGUCUUUUUUGUUUUAAGUGUGCAAAUACAAUUAAUAGUUGUACCUUAAUGUAAUUUUUUUUUCUUUUAACACCUGCAGCGUGUUGAAUCAAAAUGGUAAAUGUUUAGAAUAUACGAUUUAUUUGUCUGGUUAGCUGUACUUUAACAGUCCUGUUCUAAAUCAUAGACAUGUUUGGAAUGACUGAAACUGAAAAUAGUACCGUAAUAGUGGAGAAGCCUCAGGUAAA